AUGAAUGGGAACGCAUAUGAAAAAGGGUUGAUGAUAGCUGUCAUUCCAUUCACUUCAAAGGUUCUGGAGCCAUGCCAAAACAGUAUUGCGUAUCAACCUCCCAAUCCUUGGACGAUGGCUAUACUCGGGUUGCUUGCUGAGAUCUAUUCAAUGCCAAACCUAAAAAUGAAUCUGAAGUUUGACAUAGAGUGCUUUUAUGAUAGGAGAUGGCAAGCUCUUGACAAGGCCUAA